AAAAACCUAAAGAUUUUGAUGUCUGUGAACUAUCUGUGAACUUUCUUCCGGCGCAAAUUCUUUAUCAAUAAUUAUCAGUUCAUCAACUUUCAACUUUCAACUUUCGCAAGCAACUUAGAAGUAUGCUCCUUGUUCGUUGGAUUUGAUCAAGUUCACUUUCAAAUUCGUAAGCUGUAGAAUGAAGACUUGAACUCUAUGAAAAUAAACCAUCACAUCUGCCCAUCUGGUGGAAUAGUGUAUGUGCCACCUAAUCAAUUAUUGAUUCCUUUGGCUAAAGAUUAUGAAUGAUGAACAUGAGGCUGAUAAAUCCGUUCAAUCUCCUGCGUAAAUCGAUCAAGGGAGAAAGGUUCAUAAUAAACUAUCUGUCAGAUAACCAUACUACCACCGUUCCAAUUUGAUAUUUCGCUACAACUACUCGUAUUCAACGAGUCUCUCUGACCAGUGACUUUAUUUACGGAAAUUCUACUUGCCAGGUUCAUCGAUAAAAAUCACAACAAAAUGGACUCGCAAGUAAUCGAAAUGAUUUCAUUCACCAAUAUCAAAUACGAUUGGAAUUAUCCUCCUAAGGAUGUUCCAACGCUGCAGGACAUCUCCAUGCAUAAAAUGGUGCAAUAUUUAUGGCAUAGCGAAAUCGUCAAUAGUCGUCGUGAAGAAACUUUAUUCAGUUUAUUCGACGAUCGUUGUAUUCAGCUAGAUUUAUGGCAAAAAACAGCUUCACUUUCUCGUUGUAAACAGCACAAUUGCGUCGAAACGUUCAAAGUGAAAGAGCCUUCGAGCUUUUCAUCAAGAAUCGAGUCAGAAACGCAGUACUAUCUACAAAUCUUGAAGAAAAAUACCUUAACGUGGUUAACCAAUCAUACAUUCCAAAUGCUUCGGUUUAAUUGCGACGAUCAGUUUUAUAUCUUGAAUCGUUUCGACGAUCUUAAGUUCGAUAUCAGAGGCAACAUAGACUGCGAAGCGACAGCUAAAAAAAUGUUGAAUUGUGAUAACUUCAAUCCUAUGGAUAAAUACUUGAUCGCUUGUAUGUAUUGUUUCGAAGAUGAAAUCGAGCGAAUAUGGCCAUCGGUUUCGGAAGACGUACAUUUUCACGAUAUUCCUUUCGAAUCACAUCCUUUGCCGCAUUAUUGGGCGUGUCGAAUGAAAAAUCUAGAUUUAGACGAUUCUAUACCGAUAGAUUUCCUUCACGAUUCCGUCGAUAUUACCAUGAUCAUACAUAAAAACGUCGACAAUCGCGCUGCCAUGGAAUACUUCUGGAAUAGAAUGGAUUUUCUAUCACGAUCCACUAGUAUAGAACAGAUUUUCGAACACGAAUACGAACACGACUGUUGCGGUAAAGUGGAACUUUGUCUAAAAUAUCUUUUACCGAAGCUCGCCCCAACGCAUCGUCAAACGGUGUUUUUAAGGUUUGGCCAUAAUGUGAUGAAUUGUUUUGUCAGAUUUAUCAGGUACUGGAAAUUCGUGUUACCAUUUUGGGUCGAAUUUGUCAGAAAUGAACUGAUAAACGGAGAACAAUUCAUGUCCAUAUUGUGGAAUUUCUUCUCAUUUGAAAUCGAUACCAAUUAUUUCGGCGAGCCGAUAUUUUCCGAUGAGCCGAAUCAAUAUUGUCUACGUUUACCCUCCGAUUAUAGUCGGGAAUGCUUGAAUGAUGCCAGGAAUAGAUUGUUGAGAGCUAUCUGGUACCUUGCACCGGAUAAAUUGAAGAAUUACGCGUCGAGUGAACGUCUUUUUCGUCUUUUUGAGUUUAUGACUGAUUCGUUUGGUAUUUCUUUUACGUAGUUUUGUUAUUUAAAAAUUUAUCGUCGAAGUUUGAUCGAUUUUCUCAUUUUUAAUUCAACGAUAUAAUAUGGAAAUAACCAACCAAUUAUCAGGGUCUAACAGUUGGGAGGUUACCUCAGUACCUCACGUUCCUAAUAUUUUUUUUACAGUUGUGGACGCAAAAAUCGAGCUCCUCCGUGAAAUUCCAGUUCUUUAAAUUUACUCACUAUUUUUACUGUAAAUUGCAAAAAAAAUCCCUUCAGUAAUUUAUAUCACUUUUUUAUACGAGUUUUUGUUGAAAUUUCAGUAUUAUAAAGAUUGGAAUCAAUUUAAUUUGGCUCGCUGCUUGCUUUAAUUUUAAUCCAUCUCAAUGUAGGUGAUUAAUCUUGACCAUUUUGUUUUAUUUGUGUUGCAAUGUCAGAGAAACUGUCGUAAAAAAUUCAAAAUAUGGUACAUUAUUAAAUUGGAGUCAGAUUUGAAUAAAAAUUCAAAAAUGAUUGCUUGAUCGAUAGGCUUCUUCAAUUUGUGAGUAGAACUAUUUUUUUGAUGAAUUUUUUUUUGUUCAUUUUCUGAAGUUACAUCAGAAAUAAUGUUCAGAAUUUGGGGAAAAAAUCAAUUAUUUUUUUUUUAAAACAUUUUUGAUUUUUUUGAACCUUUUCUGUUAAUUUUCAUCUGUUUGCAAUUGCUGUGUAUGUGAGUUUUUCCAUUUUAUUAUCAUUGUUUCGUUAUUAAAAAUUUUAAUUUCAGGAUCAGGAAUCUCACAAUAAUUAUUUAUAGUGUAAAAAGUCAUUAUUAUUUUUUUAUCAAUAUGCAUAAUAUUAUUUCCAUAUUUCUGAUUCUGUGGGGUUUUGACAAGAAUUUCAAGUUUUCAUUUUUAAAAACUUCAUUAUUUAUUGCAGGCUGUUCGGUUACAGGACCGAGUUUUAAUUGAACUACUGAAAACGUUGAAGUGAAAUACCACAACCAGAUUCGGACCAAAAUCUGUUCAAAAACCUACUGGUCAUCGAUCCUUUUUUCAAUUUAUUUUAUUUAUGAUUAUUUUGUUGGUAUGUUUCAACCCUAAUUCAUUUCCUAGUCUCGUUUUUGUUUUAAAUUAACAUUUAAGGUGUCCAAUAUUGAUUCCUGAAUGUUCCAUUAUUCAAGGCCUUCGAGAGGCAAAAUGAACCCGGAGCAAAUAUCCAUCAUUUUAGCCCUCUUUAUGUAAAAUUUACUUGUGAAAAAAUUAACGAAUUUAAUCACGUGUGUGUUUGGGGAAAAAUCAUUAAAAUCGGAAUAUUUUGAAGAAUUUUCCAAGUUUGAUGCUUUUUAUUUUUCAGAUCCUCGAACAUCGACUUCAGGAAAUCAGUUAUACUGGCGAAUUUCUCCAUUUGCCCUCCUCUAUAGCCCUGCAUUCAUUCAGUGAAUCAAAAGACUCAAUCGCGGUCCUAUAUACUCAGCCCUAACUGGCUUUGCUUAUCGAGAUUUUAAUUUUAAUUUAUGGAAGCUAGAAAUAAUCAUUUUUAUCUAAAAAAAAUUAUGAUUCUAUUUUUGAGAUAAUUAAUAAACAGUGGAAAGGGAUUGUCCAUUUUUAAAUUAUUGAUUCAAAUUGAACAAGAAUACCAGUUUUUCCCCAUCUCAAUCUCAAAAACAUAUCAAUAAAUUUGAUGCGAUCUCCUUUGAGCGAAUCAAAUAUUUUUUUGAUUUUUAAACUGUCUAUUGAUUAAGUAUGACUUAAUCUGUGGAGUGAAUUAGAUGAAUUCAAUAGAGUAGGCAUAUUAAUAGGACAGGUAUUAUGAAUAUAAUUUUUUUAUUUACCUGCAUUUUAAAUAGUCUAUGUUUAGCUAGGUACCUAUCUGCUUUUAUAACCGUAAAUGUGAAUUAAUGAGUACCUAUGUAUGUACUCAAUUACCUAAACAUUAAGUUAUAUUUUGAAACAGGCUUUUGCUGUGAAUUGUCGUUAUUAAAUUUAUAAAAUUAAUAUAAAUCAAAUAUCUAA